CAUAGUUUUAAAGGGUGCCUCAGGACUGUCCAUAAUUUUAAAGGGUGCCUCGGGAGUGUCCAUAAUUUGAAAGGGUGGCUCGGGACUGUCCAUAGUUUUAAAGGGUGCCUCAGGACUGUCUAUAAUUUGAAAGGUUGCCUCGGGAGUGUCCAUAAUUUGAAAGGGUGGCUCGGGACUGUCCAUAGUUUUAAAGGGUGCCUCAGGACUGUCUAUAAUUUGAAAGGUUGCCUCGGGACUGUCUAUAAUUUGAAAGGUUGCCUCGGGUGUGUCCAUAAUUUGAAAGGGUGGCUCGGGACUGUCCAUAAUUUUAAAGGGUGC